AUGAACGAAAAGCUGUUUCCUGUCAAAUAUAAUGACGCGUUCUAUGAAUAUGUGACGGAUGCACCCGAGGGGUACUGUAAACUCGCGUAUGCAGACGAUGGGGCAGCAAUUGGCUCAGUCUGCUGCGAGGUGGAAAAGGUGAAGAUAUCGGGCAAACGUCGCUAUUGUCUGUGCAUUCUGACGAUCGGCGUGGUGGAUGAAUAUCGCCGCUCCAAACUAGGCAGCUUGCUGCUCGAGAGUGUCAUCAAGCAGGCUCGCAGAGACAAGCUGGUCUACGUGUACUUGCACGUGCUGAGCUCCAAUACCGCCGCGCAUCGCUUCUACUUAACUCACGGCUUCGAAGUAAUCAAGGUUCUGCGCAACUACUACUCGCAGCUCAACCCGCCGCACGGCUUCGUUUUGCGCAGGCGGCUAUGA